AUCGAAAUGCUAGAGCACAAAUAUGGGGGCCACUUGGUCUCUCGGAGAGCAGCCUGCACGAUUCAGACUGCCUUCCGCCAGUACCAGCUCAGCAAAAACUUUGAGAAGAUUCGAAACUCUCUACUGGAGAGCCGCAUGCCCCGGCGGAUUUCCUUGAGGAAACUCCGAGUCCAGAACUCUGAAAAUUUCUCUGCUGAGAAAGCUCUAGUGGAAGGCUAUAACUUUGUUGGCAUCCCCCUGGUAAGAUCUCCCUCUUUGCCAGUAACUAUCAGUGGGGCACUGACGGAACUGGAGGACUCCUUCACUGAGCAAGUCCAGUCUUUGGCCAAAUCUAUUGAUGAUGCACUCAGCACAUGGAGCCUGAAAACGAUGUGUUCCCUGCAAGAUGGCAGUUCCUAUCAGAUAAGAGAGACCUUCAGUACAAGCUCCAUGCAACCAAACCAAGACUUGGACAUGGAACUGAAGGACCAGGAGAAGGAGGAAGGGCUGCUGCCAGACACAUUACCAAAGAGCAGCAGCACACUCAUGAUGGCCUUCAGAGACGUCACUGUCCAGAUAGACAACAAGAAUAUCUCUGUCUCCUCAUCUACCUCGGUGUCUAUGGCAAACUGCCUGGCUAACAGUAGCCAGGCUGGGAUUUCUCCAGUUGCCAAACUAGAAGAAAUCCCAGUGGAAGGGGAGAAAGAGAAUAAAGACCCUCAAGUUGUUUCUGAAGGGCAGCCUGAUGCUGGAACCCUCCAGAAUAGUCACCCAGCAGCUGAGGGGAAUAUCAACACCAAUGGUUUGGGGAAAGGGGAGACUGAGCAAGACCAAAUGAUGAUGUCAAAACUCGACUCUGGCUCUGACAACGGGGCUGGGCAGCACAAGGGAUCAGAAGCUGAAAAUGUAGAUAAUUUGGAACAAUUGAGCAGUAGCAGUACCUCCACCUCAGCUAAGUCUGCUUCAGAGUUAUCCUCAAAGGAAGCCCUGCAAGCCAUGAUUCUGAGCCUGCCACGGUACCACUGUGAGAAUCCAGCCAUCUGCAAAUCCCCUACGCUUUCUACAGACACCAUGAGGAAACGGCUGUAUCGCAUUGGGCUGAAUCUCUUUAACAUAAAUCCAGACAAGGGGAUCCAAUUCCUGAUCUCUCGAGGCUUCAUACCAGACACACCAAUUGGAGUGGCCCAUUUCCUGUUGCAGCGCAAGGGGCUCAGCCGACAAAUGAUUGGGGAGUUUCUGGGAAACAGCAAGAAACAAUUCAACCGGGAUGUACUGGA